UGGCGACUGGGCAUGCUCAGUCGCCGCCCGCGGUGUGCUUCCAGGGAAACCUCCGCACUCCCUACCCGGGCUGCUCUCUGUUGCCUCCUUGCCGCCGGCCUCCUGGGGUCCAUCCCAGCUUGCUCUGCUCCUAGCGACCCAGAUUCCUGCCCCGCCUCCGCCCCUCCCGCGCCCGCAUCCGGUGCUGCAGCCGCGGCCACCCUGGUCCAGGCUCUGCGCCGGGGACCGACCUCGUCGAUCGCCGCGGUGGAACUUGCAGCUGGAGCCCUUGCGGAACGCGGAGAUGGAGACCCGACUGCCGCACGCCAGGACCUGCUGAGCUUCUGCCGCCGCUGAGUCCAUGAAUUUGCAUGUGCUACUUGGGGAACCCCCAGAACCCUACAUCUAAGCUUACAUUUACUUUGACAAAGGCAAAUUUGGAAGCAAUUACUUGAGAACCAUUUGUAUAACACCUGGAUAAUCAAAACAGGCACAAUGAAGCACUUCCUGAGGAUUUCUUCAAGCAAGAAUUAACUUUCAUUAACAAAUUCAUUGAAACUGUUCAAAAUAAGCCACUUUUCUCUUACUAUUCCAAAAGAAGAUGUCAGAGUCACAAAUUUAAGAUGAUGGAGUAGUGUUGUACUACAGGUACCCACACCCCCUCACCCCAGAGGCAGGAGACUACAUGGUCCUAGGUGCAUCUCCUGUUUCAGAGGCCUCAUCCCUGCUGAAUGGAUUCCUCUAACAAAGAAGCACAAGACAGGAGCUCACUUUUAUUUGAAUGCUGAUCCAGGUGUGCCUGUAUUUUUACUGUAAAUUUUUGUGGCGUUGCCUGAAAUUUGUAAUGAGAAAGCUGACUGGAAGAUGUGAACUGCAACGGAUCUGUUACAAUACCAAGCCUGGAGCUUCUAGAACUAUGAAAAUCGAAACAUCACUGAGGGAUUCAAAAAGUAAGCUACUGCAGACUUCAGUGAGUGUUCAUCCUGAUGCUAUUGAAAAAACUAUAGAAGACAUUAUGGAACUGAAAAAAAUUAACGCUGACAUAAAUCCACAGUUGGGAAUCUCUCUUCAAGCUUGCCUUCUGCAAAUUGUUGGGUACAGAAACCUUAUUGCAGAUGUGGAAAAACUGCGCAGAGAACCCUAUGACUCUGAUAAUCCCCAACAUGAAGAAAUGCUUUUGAAGUUAUGGAAAUUCUUGAAGCCCAAUACUCCGCUGGAAUCCCGGAUUUCUAAGCAGUGGUGUGAAAUUGGUUUCCAAGGUGAUGAUCCUAAAACAGAUUUUCGAGGAAUGGGACUUUUGGGACUGUACAAUUUGCAGUAUUUUGCAGAAAGGGAUGCUGCAGCAGCUCAGCAGGUCCUAUCUGAUUCUCUUCAUCCAAAAUGCAGCAAAUUCAGCAAAGCAGAAUGGGAGAAGAAAAGGAUGGAUAAAGCAAUUGGGUACUCGUUUGCAAUUGUGGGCAUCAAUAUAACUGAUCUGGCAUAUAAUCUACUGGUGAGUGGAGCUCUAAAAACUCAUUUCUACAACAUCGCUCCAGAAGCUCCAACAUUAUCUCACUUCCAGCAAACAUUCUGCUAUUUGAUGCACGAGUUUCAUAAGUUUUGGAUUGAAGAGGACCCCAUGGACAUAAUGGAAUUUAAUCGUGUGCGGGAGAAAUUCCGCAAGAGGAUCAUAAAACAGCUGCAGAAUCCAGACAUGGCAUUGUGCCCACACUUUGCUGCCUCAGAAGGUUUAAUCAACAUAUAAUCACCCACACUGGUUUUAAUGGAUACCCCAGGACAGUGCCUCAUUAUUGUGUUAGAUCUCUGCUUAGGUCCCAGCUCACACACUGAAUGCACACAGUGAUUGUAUGCAUGCCUGUUGGUACAGUGUUUUCAUAUCUUCGUCAUAAUUACCAGAUCCCCAAAUACCACAAUUUCUGCAGUAUCUGUCACCCAGUGACUGCUCAUAUUGUGGCAUCAUGCAGUGUUACAUCUUGCCUUGACACCUGGUAUGGAGAGAGUUUUCUAUUUUUUUAAAUUGGCUUCCUCUCCCUCAUAAUUUAGUGUUGAAGAAUUGUAUUUCUCUAGCUGUAUUUUAUAUGUAAAAGAUUUAGCUGAAUUUUGUUCUGUGAAAGCCUUUUAAUUUAUUGAUAUGUUUCAUGACUAUAGCUGCUAGCUCUUCAAGCCAGGCUUGGACCUCAUUCCAAUAAAGUAUGACUUGAAAAUAAUACAAACAGACACAUGAUAAGACAAAUCAUUCUUGCAAAUACUGCUGCACUUCAUGAAAAUGUAACGAGGCUAACAAGAAGCAAAUUUAGGUAGGUGCUGUUUUUUUUGAAGUACCACAGAAUUAUAUUGUAAUUUACCCCCAGUUGUAAUUGUGGCAUAGUCAUCUGGACAUCAAAUUAUUUUAUUCCCAUAAUUUUACUGGCUUGGAUGCCUAAAUAUGUUUAUGAUGCUUGGAGCCUCAGAAAAGAAGCAUGCACACUGCAAAAGCUCCAAAAGCUUUUUCACUGUCUGCCUCUUGCUGAACUCAGAGUUACAUCCUGGCACUGUUCUGAUCUAGGCAUCUUUGCUUGGGGCACUGAGUGCUGUCUGGUUUGUUGUCUAUGUCAAGAGGUAAUAAUAAAAAACAAUUUGCAAGAAAAUAUGUUGCAAGAGAAGAACCUGAGCUAUGUCAUUCUGUAAUAUUUCUUGAAACUAAUGACCUUGUCUUUUAUCAGUGGAAGAAAUAAAUUGCUUGGAAGGAGAACAAAAUCAAGUCAUUUCAAAACUGCUUAAAAUCAUUUUAAAAACCAAGAUUUAGUUUGGAAUUAAUUAUGAUUGUAGUCUGUUGAAUAGUAUUUACCAUGGCAUUUCAUACCCAUGGUGUUUUAUACCUUCAGGCUAUCAGUUUUAGUAUUAUUAGAUGUUUGUGUACUCACUUGCUUAUUUAAGUGAAUUUUGAGUACUGCCUAACUCAGUUAUGAAUAAAUUACAUGUCAUUCUACUAUAAUGUAUAGUGGAUUUCAUUUUAAUAUUUUUGUGCUUGUACAGCUUCUGAACAUGCAGAUAUGUGAGUGGGUAGAAUGUCAAAGACAGACAACCUGAAGCUGUAUAUAAAUCAUGCCAUCGUUCAGAGUAAUCAGGUGUGAAUUACAGUAUGUCAUGUCUGAGAGACUGCUUUUAUUUAACUAAUCUUGAGGCCUGGUGUUGCUUUAAUGAAAGAAUAAGAUCAAGCUUUUUCUUUGCAUCUUCCUCUGAAGCCUGAUUUGUCUACUGCUAGACAGCUGAUGUAGAAAACAUUAAGGUGCCUGUUGUUUCCUGGUCCAUUCUAGCUCCUCUGGGAUUUUGCUGUUCUUUCCCUUUCAGCUGUAUGCCAGGUGGCAGGAUUUUGCAUUGCAUCUUUUAUAGCCCUGUGUCCUUUCUUAGAAUGGGGAAAGGAAGGAGUUGGUUAAAGCAUGAUAUAUACCAUGAGUAGUGACAAGAAUAUAUAUUCCUCUCCAGAGUAAGUGAGAAUUUGUGAACCCAGUAAAUGGCCUGUCUUGAGAGCCCUGAAUUUGCUGUAGCUGCUAUAUAUGAAGGUGUUCUUCCAUGUUCAGUACAGCCUUUGAAGCCGCAUGUAUGCAUUGCCUCUUCCUAUCCACUAUGGUCCUGUGUCACUGACAUGGCUUGAUAAUAUGUGGCAUCUAUACCAGCUCAUGUCUCUUCUGUUCAAGUAGAGAUAGUUGAUGGUAACAAAGCUAGGAGCUUUCCCUCCCAGCUCCUUGAAUGAUUUCUCUCUAUUGUAUCUUAACAUGGCUGCACAAUUUUAGGAUGAACAAACUCUGCCAGCUCCUUCUAGUUCUGAGUAUUAUUAGAUUUCUUGUUUGCAUCUCUUUGUGGAAGAUGCAUUAUAUCCUGUAAUAUGAAGUGAGGUGAGAAAAAAAAAGAGGAGAAGCUUUCAAGCCAUUAAAAAAAGUGUGAUGUCUUUGUGUUUUUCCCUUGAGCAUUUUUAGUUUGCUUAUACUUCAUUGAACAAGA